CCCCCCGGGGACAGGCACAGAUCGGUGUCACCCCUGUGCCAGGAGCCCCCCGGGGACAGGCACAGAUCGGUGUCACCCCUGUGCCAGGAGCCCCCCGGGGACAGGCACAGAUCGGUGCCACCCCUGUGCCAGGAGCCCCCCGGGGACAGUCAUAGAUCAGUGCCAACCCCUGUGCCAGGAGCCCCCCAGGAACAGGGACAGAUCGGUGCCAACCCCCAUGCCAGAAGCCCCCCAGGAAUGGGCACAGAUCGGUGCCACCCCCUGUGCCAGGAGCCCCCCGGGGACGGUCAUAGAUCAGUGCCAACCCCUGUGCCAGGAGCCCCCCAGGAACAGGCACAGAUCGGUGUCACCCCCAUGCCAGAAGCCCCCCAGGAAUGGGCACAGAUCGGUGUCACCCCUGUGCCAGAAGCCCCCUGGGGACAGUCAUAGAUCAGUGCCAACCCCUGUGCCAGAAGCCCCCCAGGAAUGGGCACAGAUCAGUGCCAAUCACACCAGGAGCCCCCCGGGGACAGUCACACAUCAGUGCCACCCCCUGUGCCAGGACCCCCCCAGGAAUGGGGACAGAUCGGUGCCAACCACACCAGAAAACCCCUGGGAACAGUCAUAGAUCAGUGCCAACCCCUGUGCCAGGAGCCCCCCGGGGCCGGGCACGGAUCAGUGCCAACCACACCAGUGCCAACCGCGCCUGUGCCCCCCGGGGACAGGCACAGAUCGGUGUCACCCCUGUGCCAGGAGCCCCCCGGGGCCGGGCACGGAUCAGUGCCAACCACACCAGUGCCAACCGCGCCUGUGCCCCCCGGGGACAGGCACAGAUCGGUGUCACCCCUGUGCCAGGAGCCCCCCGGGGCCGGGCACGGAUCAGUGCCAACCACACCAGAGCCCCCCAGGAACGGGCACAGAUCGGUGCCACCCCCGUGCCAGGAGCUCCCCGGGAAUGGGGACAGAUCAGUGCCAACCCCUGUGCCAGGAGCCCCCUGGGAACGGGGACAGAUCAGUGCCAACCCCUGUGCCAGGAGCCCCCCAGGAACGGGCACAAAUCAGUGUCACCCCUGUGCCGGGAGCCCCCCGGGAAUGGGCACAGAUCGGUGCCACCCCUGUGCCAGGAGCCCCCUGGGAAUGGGGACGGAUCAGUGCCACCCCCGUACCAGGACCCCCCUGGGAAUGGGGACAGAUCAGUGCCAACCCCCGUGCCAGGAGCCCCCUGUGCCAGGCCCCUCGUCCCCCCCAGCCUGGUCCCCGGUGCCCCCAGCCCCCCCCCCGGUGCCCCCUGCCCGUCACUGCCACUCGGGGGCUGCCCGGCCCCUCCCCCCGGCCCGCGAUUGGUCCCCGGGGGGUUUUAAAAACGGUUCUUCCUCAUCCAACCCCCCCCCCGGCACUCGAGAGGGGCUGGCACAGGGAGGUGGCACUGGGGACAGGGAGGGUGGUACUGGAGACAAGGAGGGUGGCACUGGGGAUAGGGAGGUGGCACUGGGGACACGGAGGUGGCACUGGGGACAGGGAGUGUGGCACUGGGGACAGGGAGGGUGGCACUGGGGACAGGGAGGUGGUGCUGGGGACAAGGAGAGUGGCACUGGGGA